CCGUCGUCGUCGUCGUCGUCGUCGACGCCGUCAUCUUCGUAACGUGCGAUAGAAGCGAUAACAUAGGACGAUUAAACGGUCGAGAAUACGGCGGCAAUAGGCGAGUUAUAAAAGGAAAGUGCUUUGACAGAGCGCCGUGAAAGAGAAACUGGUUGUUGCUUGCGCACCAGCUAUGUUGUAACUUUUGACCAGUUCGAUGGAUAGGAUAUGUGACUUCCAUUGUAAGUACCAGGAAAGGCGCGAGGAUCGAUCUUAAUUCAUUUAACCGAUCGCCCACGAUACCGUUCGCGACGAUGUUUUACCAGAGAGACGUCGAUCGCUCCGUUGCAAAAAUGGCCUAUCGUUACAACAAAUCCGUCGUGUUGUGUUUGAGGUUAUAUUAUCCAUUUUAGUAAAAUUUUUGGCUGCACCCAUCGUGUACAACAUUAUUUAUAUCUUUUAUCUUAGAAUUGUCUUCUUUUGUUCUCUUUCUCGACACGUUUGAAAAUGCAUGUAAACAAGUAAAUCAAUUUCACUUUCAGAGUGAAGUAUAGCAAAUGGAAGGUUUUAAGGUGAAAGAUGAACCGAUGGAUGCAUUAGCCAUAGACAGUCAGGUUAUGGACGAAAAUAUUGUAAGCGUCGUACUUAAAGAAGAACCUGGAGAUAGAUUCGAUCCGGACUACAUGGAGGAUAUAUGCUCUGGUACUUUCGAGAAGGUAUUCUUACCUAUCGAAAACAGUGAAGUGGAUUUUUCCAAUGAGAUGGUAAAGUUAGAGCUGGAGGGAGAAACUAGCGGACAUCCGAACUGGACGGCACAGAUCACGGCGACUAACCUUUGCGAGAAAGAAGAUGGCAUACCGCAUAGGUGUUUAAGUGCGGCGGACUUUAUGCAAGCUCAAGACGCCGAGAAGCAUCCUGUAUUUUGUGCUAACGGACAGCAGCCCAAAUUUUACAAGAUUCAAUGUUCCAUCUGCAAGAAAUGGUUUCUUAACAACGAUUCUAUGGUCACGCAUUUAAGAAUGCAUUGUAACGGGAAUCAGUGCGAGGUUUGUCAGCAAAACUUUCAAGACAGUUCCAGCUUGCAUGCGCAUAUGUUAACACACGUCGGUAUGAGUCCACUGGAGUGCAAUGUUUGUCAGAAGAGAUUCGCUUAUAAGUGGUGCUUAAGAAAUCAUAUGCAAAUGCAUUCGAUAGAUAAACCAUAUGACUGUGAUGCUUUGCAACAGGGAUUUAUGAAAAAGCCUGAAGGCAACGACGAGCAGUCGUUGAGUACGGGAGAAAGACCCUUCGAAUGUGACGUAUGCCAUGCUACGUUUCGAGAGAAAGGAAAUUUGAAUCGACACAUGCUGAUUCACACCGGUGAGAGGCCCUACAAAUGCGAGAUAUGCUACGCGGCGUUCAGGGAGAAAGCUAAAUUAAAUAUUCACAUGCCCAUUCACACGGGCAUGAAGCAGUUUAAAUGUACCAUGUGUCACAGAUCGUUCGCCCAAAAAACUGCUCUCAACAAUCACAUGCUGGCGCAUAGCGGAGAAAAGCCGCACGCGUGUAACAUUUGCGAGAAGACGUACAAAAGGAAAUCGGAAUUGAUCAGGCAUACGAUGGUUCAUACCGGCGAACGACCUUACGAAUGUAAAGAGUGCCUAAUGACGUUUAGGGAAAAGGCUAAGCUAAAUUCUCACAUGUUGGUUCACACCGGCGAGAAACCCCACGAAUGUCAUAUAUGCCACAAAGCGUGCGCGCGCAAGUCCGAUUUGAACAGUCACAUGUUGUUGCAUACCGGCGGGCAAUACGAUUGCAAGGUUUGCGAUAAAAUUUUCACGCGUAAGUCCGAUCUGAAUAGACAUACCUUGAUACACACGGGUGAAAAGCCGUUCGCGUGCGAUCUCUGCGACAUGGCGUUCAGAGAAAAAACGAGAUUGAAUUCUCAUAUGCUGAUACAUACCGGUGAUAAGAGGCACGCAUGCCAUAUUUGUCAGAAAACGUUUAAAGAAAAAUCGUCGUUGAGAAAGCACAUGUUGAGUCAUACGGGCGACAGACCGUACGAAUGUUACGUAUGUCACAAGGCGUUUACGCAAAAGACUACUUUGAACAGUCACAUUUUGGUACAUGCCGGGGAAAGGCCUUACGAGUGCAGCACUUGUCAGAAAAUUUUUAAAGACAAGGCUGCGCUGAAGAAGCAUUUAUCGAUGCAUAUCAAUGAAAAGAAUCACGAAUGUUUGAUUUGCUUAAAGAAAUUUAGUCAUAAGGCCGCAUUGAACAGUCACCUGUCGACCAAUCAUACAUCUUAAUCCGUGAAGAUCUAGUCCGAUUUUUCUUUACAUCGAGCGCACGGUAAUGCUUGUAGCCGUAUUACGUGCUCACCGGUCGUACAAAAAGACAUCGUAUUUUAUUACUUUCUCUCUCUCUCUCUCUCUAUCACUACCUUUUUCUUCUUUUUCUCGUAUGUACCGCAGAAAUAAAUCAAUUUCCAAGUAUUUUUAUAUUCGCCGCAUUGGACAUCCGUAACGGAAAAUUUGACGAACGAACGACAUUCAUUUUUUUUCUGCUUUAAACGAAAUUAACAUAUUUUGACGUUCGUCGAGAGAUUUGGACGUAAUUUUAUUUCGAUUGAGAUGCGAUGCGCAACGUGAGAUGUAGGGACGUCGCGAGAUCUUUCCUUGGAUUCGAUUUAAUUACAAUUCAUCGAUAUAUAACGAAUAAUUAUUAUUCCGAUGUGACGCGUAUUGAAUGGUAAAGGAAAACGUAAAAGAGUACAAUGAAAUGUAUAUUCUACGUAAAGUUCAAAAUAACGAGUACGCAAAUUAUACGAGGGGUCAAUAAUACAAUUUAUCGUGCGAAUGCGAGUUUCGUCGAGAAACGAGAAUACGACGUUUCGUUGUGAUAACGUCGAGGAACUUUUAUUUUUCUUUUUUUCUCUUCAUCUUUUUCUCCUUCUUUUUUUUUUUUUUCCUUUGAUGCGUUCUUUCCGGCAUAGUCGUACGUGCUAACGAGUUUUAUCAUACAAUAUCGUUUAAUCCUUAUCGUACCGUAGCUACGAUAUUUAUCCGGAAUAAUUGACUGUGAUUAGCCAUCCUUGCUCGAUGGUCAUUAAGAAAGAAAAUUAACGAUUACGACGAAAGAUUUUCCUUUUACGAAAUACAUACAUAUAUCCGAAUGGGGUAAUAUCUUUAUAUAAAGAAAGUAAAAGAAAAGAAAAGAAAAAAUAAGAGACUGUGGCAAAAAUAUUAUACUUUACUCAUUCCUUCGUUCUGUACACGAUAAAUAUAAUAUAAAUAUAAGUGUUGAUAACUGUAUAAGAGAUAGUUUUAUCAACAUCAUACAUUUUAUAAACUUAACUAAUAGAACGGAGCGAACGAUGCGUGAAUUAAGUUGUAAAGAGGAUCAAAGAAAGUAUAUUAUACAAAAUAUUACGAUACAAAAUAUUAUUUGACAAUUGUGA